AUGUCGCCCACGAUGGACCACGAUGGGGCCAUUGCGUUCUGCGAUGCGCUCCAAGCCAACACAACCCUCCAAGAGCUCGCCAUCGUCAACGUCCGCAGCCUCGGUCGCUUCCAUGGUCGUACGCUUCCAUUGUCGUUGAAGAGCUUUUCUUGGGAUGUGCGCUUCAAUGGCGCUGUCGACGCCGCAACGCUGACGGACCUUGCGACCGCCGUUGGGCCCACGCAGCUCGAGCGUCUUGAGUGCAGCGUCUUCGGCCAGCUGGCGACAUGCCCGGCCUCGGCGUCAAUGCUAUCCCAACUCCAGUGCCUCAGCGUCUCCUGGUCGCACGCUGACCACAUGCCGGCAUUGAUCGCGGGCUUGUCGUCGGUCCCAGCGCUGACGUCUCUUGAGCUUCGCGAUUGCAACCUCUCUUCGGCGAAGGAGCUCAUGGAGACGCUUGCGACGUCGUGCAUGCAUCUCGAGAUGAUGAUCAUCGAGCGCGACAACUACAAUGAGGAGAAGCGCGCGAUCUGCGAGGCGCUGGCGCAAGUCCCCGACGUCCCAUUUGUGCUCCAGACGUUGCCAGAAGGCAUGGACGAGUUCGUGGUCGACGCGCUCAGCCCACGCGCCGAUCGUCGCCACGAGUGCGCCUUGCAUUUCUAA